AUGCCCCCGCGUCCAGUUGGUCGCGGUGCAGCUAAGGCACCAAUUAGGGGCGGGCGAGGUGGAAAAGUAGUUAAACCACGUGGUCGUGGAGGCAAACAAGUCAAAUCUCGUCGUGAAUCAGUGGUUGAAGAAAUUCAACCGGAGCCUGAACAGCCACCACCAAAAAUUCAAACAUGGUUUGAUAAAAUUCCACCACUUCCUCCAAAACCCGAUGAAGAACUGCACAAAAAACUAUCAGCAGAACGAAAAUUACGUCAUGCACAAAAAGUUGAGAAAUAUUGCAAAGAAGAAUUAAAUUCUAUCUUCCAGUUUGCUAUGAAAGUCAGUGAUAUAUACUUUAAUGACGAUGAAAACAGUAUCAAAGAAGUUAGAAGAAAAAGAAUUGAAUUUAAGAAUGGAAUUUUUAUUCCAAGCGAAGAAUCCGAAGAAGAAACUACUAAAAAAGCAAUUCUUCCUGUCAAACUUGAGCCAAAACAUUCAAUUGAUAUUCAAAAUUACCUUCGCAUCUCAAAACAGCCGUAUUAUUCAAUGCUCGAGAGUCUAUUCCUUACAAAAAUCUCCGACAGUUAUGUCAGCGAUCCAAACAAAACAUUUUCAAAAUUAAUCGAAACAAUUCAAGAAAAUUCAACAAAUUAUCCAGAAAUUUACGAACCCGAUAAGCCAGUUUUACCAUUUGUCAUAUGUGUUGUUGGUCCGCCAUACGGAGGAACGACAACAAUAUGCCAAUUGUUGAUGAAUACUUAUUCUGUUGUUGUUAUCGAAGCUGUGUACAUGCCACCACCUGAUACUUCUAGAAGAAAGAAAGGAGAACCAGAAACACCACCUCCUGAGCCAAAACUCGAUUAUCAUCUUCACGGAUCAAUGGUUAUUUAUUAUUCCGACGACAAAAACGCCGUACAACAGAUUUCAACUGUCGUAAAAGACAUAGAUAGAAAUACUAAAGGCAUUAUCAUAUCAGGAUAUCCAAAUACUAAGCAGCAACUCUCUUCAUUAGAAAAAUCUUUGGCAGGAAAUACAAUUGGCCGGCCAAACUCAGCACGAUCAUCAGAGAAACAGAAACCAGCACAAUGCGUCAUUACAGGAUUCAUCAUUUCCAUGAAUUGUCCAGAGAAAUACGAAACUCGCUACAUAGACCCAUUAACUGGCUAUGUUUAUAGCGAGACUUUUCAUAGACCCGGCGCAGCGGAUCUUGUCGGCCACAAAUUAACUGAUUUUGUGAAGUCUAAAAAUGAUAUUGAAAAUAGAUUAGUGGAAAACAUCAUUCCUGACCAGUCACAACCUUCCCAAAAGGCAUUAUCAUCUUGGAAUUCCCUUACAAACUCCCUGAAAAAGAAUUAUUCCGUUAUAACUAUAGAAAAUUUGCCAAAUUCCCUUGAAUUAGCCGAAAAACUUGAUGGAUUUGUUGCUCAGAUGCUCCAUGCAGACGAACCAGCUAAGAAUGUUGAGAAUUUACUCCGACCAUCUCAUCUUAUUUUGCCAGGCGCUUGCAAUGAAGCAGUUUUAGUAUGGCGAAAGUGCUUGAAUGAGUUUGGAAGACAGAUUGCCGAGCAAAACCGCCUUGUUACGACAAUUGCAGACAAAAUCGGAGAUUUGACAAAAACUGCAACGUCGAGAUAUCAUUUCCUGACAUCCAUGGAGAUCGGGAAUGUCGAAAAACUCGAACAAGGAGACUUAAACUCUGUUUGGGAGGAGUCAAUUAAUAAUAGAAUCUCAAACGUUAAAAUGGCUAAAGAAGUUGUUACUAAAAGCGGUUUAAUUGAAUUAGUAAUAGCUUUAGUCAAUGCUCCACGCGUCGCUUUCAUUGCAUUGAUCGAAAAAAUGAGUUAUGUCAAAUGGUUCGUUGAAAAGUUCUCAGAACUCUUUGAAAAACCGGAGAAUUACUACAACAUCUUCCAAGAACAAUCCGCCAAGGUCAAAGCCGAGUACUUUAACUUCAAAACGACAUUUCGACAAAUUUUGAAAAUUGAUGGCGAAAUUGAACCAAAAUUUUUAGAAUUACCAGAGAAACCAUUGAAGCAAGAUGAUAAAGAUGAGAGAUCCAAGCAAAUUGAAGAGAAAGGAAUACAAUUUUUGGGAGAUUAUUUUGAUCUCAAAAGUUAUUCCACUGAAAUACCGAAUUUCAACGUUAAAGUUGCUUGCAAAUCAUUAGAUAUCCCUGAUUUCCAGACGGAAACACCAUUUAGUGACAUUGUUUCCUAUUCAAAAGAAUUUAUUGAAUUUGUUUCAAGUCAUAUCGAAAAUGACUUCAUAAAAGACGAAUGCCAAACAAUACUGGACAUAUUCGAGCGUAUUAACAAGUUCGUGAGGCCUUUAGAAGUCUCAAUUGUUGAAAGCAUUUUUAAUUUGCACGACAACUUGAUUAACUACGCCUAUUCAAAGUUCACCCAUGAGAUGGAGGGAUUCUGCACAAAUGGACACUUUAGUUAUGAUUUUUCAAUGGUAUCCGACCGAGAUUUGGAAAUUUGUAGAGAUGUAAACUCUCUGAAGACAGAUGAUGUCAGAAAGAUAAUUCCCGAUGAAGUGCUGACUAAAAUGAGGGUAAAUAUUGGAAGUUUGCACGGAGUGAGUACUGACGACGUCUUGGAGAUGUUCGCAGACUUUGAGGGAGGGAAAUACCUGACUGAUAUCAAAAUCUGCUUGAAUAUAAUGGAAUGCGGCGAAUGUAUGGACAUUUCGAAAUUUUUGGAAUUAUUUGAAUAA